AACACUUCCAUUGUUUGCCGUACAAACUUGCAAAUCCUUUUUUUCCCUCUAUAAAUAUACACCCACUUCUUAUCUUCAAUAAUCAAACAAACAACAGCAGCAGCAACAGCACAAAAAUUUAAAAAUCAUUCAUUUUCCAAUUUAAAGAAAAAAAUGUCAAAUAUUCCAGUGAAGGUAGUGAUAAUCAACACAGAAUACAUAGAAACGGAUGCCAGCAAUUUCAAAUCGGUCGUUCAGACACUGACCGGCAAGAAUUCCACGGUGGCGGUGGAGUCAGCCUUUUCUCCUCCACCGCCACCACCCGUGGAAGCUUCCUACGGGGGAUGCGGCCGUGAUAGUAGUAAUUAUUGGGAAGAUCAAAAUGCUGGUGGUGGCGGACCGAAUUUGGGGAGAUUGAAGUCAUUUAACGAAUUUGACAAGUUGUUCAAAGAAUUGCCCACUUUAGAUGACCUCCUUCGCCAUUAUACCGAUGAAAUACAACAAUAACAUAUUCAGUAUAAUUUUAGAAAUAGUAUAAAGUCCUUAUCUUGAAAAAAAUUGAUGUUGUUUUUGAAGGAGUACUCUCGAGUUAAGUAACGCAUAUAUGAGGAUGAAAUACGUUACUAAUUUAAACGCUUUUAUUAUUAUUUAAUUCAUUCUUUGUUAUCCUUUGAUGAACUUCUACUUUUGAAGUUCGAAUUAUAUAUAUGUGAUGUAUGAAAACACUUAUACCAUUCUUUAAUUUAUUAAUUAUUCUGAACUUC